AUUAGCUAGAUAUAUAUAGUACAAGCUGCUUUAGUGCACUCGGAGAAUUCCAUAGAAGGAGAGAAAAUGAGAAAGGAAACGUUUGUGUUUUUCCCACUUUUAUUAGCUCUUGCACUGAGUCUAUGUCUAGGGUUCGCGGGUGCGGCGUCGUCGCUUCAACCGGGGGUGAAACUGGUUUGGCAUUAUUACAAGGUGCACAACACAUGUGCUAAUGCUGAGGUCUUUGUUAAGCACCAAGUGAAGAAGUUUUGGAACCAGGAUAAAAGCAUCACUCCCAAACUCCUCCGCCUGCUCUACUCAGAUUGCUUUGUCAAUGGCUGCGAUGCAUCAAUCCUCCUUGAUGGGACAAACACGGAGAAGAAAGCACCACAGAAUAGAGGUCUGGGAGGAUUUGUAAUCAUCGACAAGAUCAAGACUGUUCUGGAGAAACGGUGUCCAGGAGUAGUCUCUUGUGCCGACAUUCUCAACCUUGCCACCAGAGACGCUGUGCAUUUGGCAGGAGCACCAUCUUAUCCCGUUCUCACAGGACGACGGGAUGGGCUGACAUCAACUGCCGCAUCGGUGGACCUCCCAUCACCAUCCAUCUCAUGGGAAGAAGCACUGGCAUACUUCAAAUCAAAGAGCUUAGAUGUAUUGGACUUGGGAACCCUACUAGGAGCACACUCAAUGGGCAGGACACAUUGUAGCUACAUCGUUGAUCGUCUCUACAACUUCAACGGUACCAGAAAGCCAGACCCAAGCAUGGCCACAUCUUUCGUCACCGAGAUGAGAAAGCUAUGUCCACAACGGUUGAAGAAGGGCCAAACCGACCCACUAGUGUUCCUAAACCAAGAAUCAGGAUCGAAAUACAAAUUCACUCAGUCCUACUACUCUAGAAUUCGAUCGCAAAAAGCAGCCCUCAGAAUUGAUCAGCAACUACUCUAUGGUAACGACACUGCACAAAUUAUUGAAGAAUUCGCAGCUGGUUUCGAAGAUUUUCGAAAGUCAUUUUCUCUGUCAAUGAGUAGAAUGGGAAAUAUCAAUGUUCUAACUGGAAAUCAGGGAGAGAUACGCCGAAUUUGUAAUCGUACAAAUAAUUAAGGAUUACCGCAACUAAAAGUAUGAGG